AUGCACACGAAUAUGACACUUCUUGAUCCCAGCGGUGACUUGAUCGUAAUUAUUCAGGACCCGAACGAACAAGACUUGCUGGCGGGCAUUGUUCUAAGCCCCCAAGACCAUCUGGGAUCGGUGGCGGGCAUUGUUCUUGGCCCCUCUGAAGGGAAGAAAAAGACGAAUGCGGCGGGGAGGCGACAAAUGCGUCGACGCGGCUUGCGCAUGAAUCAAGAGCCAGAUACCGUGCCAGCAGACAGUGCAAUCGUUCACGGCGGACCGUCCUCGACACGACUUGGAGAAAGCGUCAAUACUUUGGAGGGGCUUACCCUAGCAUACAACGAGGAUCAGACACUUCUCACCAAAGAUUAUGCCGCCCCAUCAAUCAAUAUAGACGGGUCGAACGAGCAGCAUCCUCUUGGUACGUUGGAACCAGAGAAAGAUGACGAACAAAACGCGGCGUGUUUUCGCAUAUCCUCUAGCCACCUAAGACUGGCAUCAGGUCAAGUCCGCCGACGCUUAAGCAGUGCCUACCACGGCACAGUGAAAGACCAGUUAACGCUAGAAGAUGGGACAAUAUGCGAUGUGUUGCGUACAGAACAAUGGGAUAGGAACGCCUUCCUCAUCUUCUUGAACAUAGUGCAUGGACAUAAUCGACAAGUGCCCGAUUCUGUGAGCAUCGACACUCUUGGGAAGCUCGCAAUUCUCGUGGACUAUUAUGAAUGUCACGAAAGGGUUGAAGUGUUUGCCACACGUUGGAUUGAAGCAUUGAAAGGCGAUCUUCCAAACGCGUAUGGGGAGACUACCAUUUUGUGGUUGGCCAUAUCGUGGGUAUUUAUGGAGAAAAGUAUCUUCAAAAGGAUGACCGAAAUGGUCCUGAAACACAGCAAAUGUCCGUUCGAAGCAGACGCGCUGCCACUGCCACCCAUGCUCAUUGGUACGCAUACUUUCCCGCCACCGUUCAUUCAUGAACUUGUUAAUGUGAUGGUUCAGCAAAGUUAG